CGACCGACCGACCAACCCGAUGUGCCGGCUUGCCGGGCCGCAACCUCCUUGAACUCAAGCUGUUUUCCCGACGAUCAUCUUUCACUGGUUAACUUUGUAAAACCCCCGUCCACAAUAUAUAUAGUUUCUGAAGACAUGUCCUUUUCUUCCAGUCUUUCCGCGGAAAGGGCCCUUGACGGUGUUACCUUCAGCCUUCAUAGCCUGUCUGCUUCUAUUUAUUCUCUCCCGGCCUGGGGCCUCACAAAUAUUACGGUCGACGAUACUAACAAUAUGAUCAAAUACAAGGGAAAUUGGGAUGACAGCAGCAGCCAUACCUCCUCGUUGGACUUUGGGGGUAGUCAUACGUUAAGUAGCGACAGCUCAGCUUCCGCUACCUUCACAUUCACUGGUGUUGCUGUAUGUGUUCUGUACCCUCUUUGGCCAUAUCCAGUUAGCGUGAUGGUUACGGUUGACGGAGGGGUCGAGACGAUCCUCAACCUCACGGAUCCCAUUGCUUCACCCACAGCCUCUGGCGGUUCAGAAUCAUCGCAGUCUGAUGUCCGGUGGUGCAUGGCUGGGCUGUCGAACUCGUCGCAUGAAGCUGUUGUCUCAAUGGCGCCCUCAGGUAACUGGGUAGUCGUGGAUGGAUUUAUUUACACUGUCGAUAAUAGCUACGAGUCUGCCACGUCUUCCAUCGCGUCUCAUGCUUCUGCAACAGCAACGGGCAGUAGUGGUGUCAAUAGUAACGGCCCGGAGGUCACUGUGCUGGCUAUUGCCCUCGGCGCUUCAGUCAGUGUCGCCAUCCUGCUGACAGCCGUACUGUUUUUCUUCUUCCGUUGCCGACGGCGCAGAAGCACAUUCAUCUCAGUGACCGACAACUCCAUACCGCUCGAUAAUAUCUCGCUGACACCAUACGUAGCACCUCCACAUCCACAACGCACCACUAAGGAUAUUAGUUCUUGCCACAUAUCCCUGCACCCCCAUUGGAACCGGAACCCCCUACUCCCCCGCCGAAGUUGUACAUGCACUCACUGAGACUGGCCAAUCCUGAUGAGAACACUCCUUUAAAUUGUGACCAUAAUUUGACAUCAUCGGCUGCUGGCGGCGACACAGUUUCGACACCCUCAGAGCAGAGUCAAGCUGGAGAGAAAAUGGCACCUCCACCCUAUAGUGGGAAUUAGGGCUGAUGCUAUAAAGGAUUGGUGCCAGUCACUACACGCAAGACUACGCCUGCCCGUUUUGCUACUCUAUAUCAUGUCCAAGGAUAAUUUGUAGUUGUAGUUGGUUUUCGUGGUCAUGCCUAUAAUCUGUAUCCAUUCAUUUGUACAGACUUAAUUUAGCCAUACCGCACUGCAUUAUAUAUCAGUAUACUCCUCAAUUCGCUUGUAGAACAUCAGGAAGAAAAGUGAU